CUUUCCGGAGGGCAGAGACAGCUGAUGCAAAACGUUCACCUGCUCGUCGCCGGCUACAUGAUUUCAGCUACUGUAUUGUAGUUGAAUAGAAAACGUACCCUUUGUUGAAAUAUUACAAGCGAACAUGUUGCUGCAUGGCAGACUAUCAGAGUUAUGUAUUUUUCUACAGGCUAUGUUUGUUUUAGCGUGCUGUUUCAGCGAUAUAGAUUUGGGGCCUAUCGCGACGAGUGGAUCUGUUCAACCAAACGGCGAUCGUUUUAAACUCGAGGGUCGGGCAAUCGUUCCUGGAGUGAAAACACAAGACUGGAUUUCAUCAGCCCGAGUCACGGUAGAGGGAGAAGAGUAUAUAGGCUUUUUGAGGUAAGACUUGAGGCUUGAACGAAGAAAAACACAUAGCUAGUUACAGCUGUCGGAUUGUUGUACUAGUUAAAGGUUAAGGGCUAACGCUAGCCGGGGCCCUGUGGUCACCACUAGUAACUGGUCCCGCUUGCUGCAGUGCUAGGCUAGUUUGUAGUUGACAGCAAGCUAACGACGUUGUCGGUGUCAUCAUCCCAGUCUAUUUGCAGUCUAUGGCUUAACAAAUGCCUGAUGAUUGAGAUAAAGGAUAACUAAUUGAGACUAUGCUUAGUGUCCAACUUUUCCAUGUGUUAAGUUCCACAGUGCAUUAGUAAGGGGUUUAAGUUAAUGUUGUUUGCUAGUUAACUAGCUAACGUUAAUUAUUCAGAAUUGGGCCCUACACAUUUACAUUUACAUUUUAGUCAUUUAGCAGACGCUCUUAUCCAGAGCGACUUACAGGAGCAAUUAGGGUUAAGUGCCUUGCUCAAGGGAACAUCGACAGAUUUUUCACCUAGUUGGCUCGGGGAUUAGAACCAGCAACCUUUCGGUUACUGGCACAACGCUCUUAACCACUAAGCUACCUGCCCCCUACACCAUUUGUUGUUCUAUUAUCCUCCCCCACUUUGAUAGUUCCCACUCUGGCCAAGGGCCCAAUUUGCCAAGGACUCCAACACAUGUUAUAAUGCUAGAUCAAACUAAACAUGGCUGUUACUGUAUAAUGUUCAUUGAUGCCCUAGAAAAUCCCUAUCCUGCAACUUACAAUUUCUCUGUCUCUCUGCAGAACUGAUGGAAGCUUCGUCGUCAAUGAUGUUCCCUCAGGAUCCUACGUUGUGGAAGUGAUCUCACCUGGAUACAAAUUUGAAGCAGUCCGUGUAGACAUCACAUCUAAAGGCAAAAUGAGGUACAGUUGGUAGUUGUUUUGUUCAGGGUGUGAGACUGUCAUUGAGCGAGGCAAACAAAACUGCAUUGUUGUACCAUAUCAGCUUAUCUUCAUUCAUGAUUUUCCACAUGUUUUGUCCACAUACUUGGGGCUGAUUUCCCCAUUGAAAGUGCCUCUAAGUCUGAGACUAGCCUUAUUCUGUGUCUGGGAGAAGUGCCCUUGAUGUCUUGCCUCUUUGCCAGGCUUAUAGCUAGUAUACAUGGUAGGGAAGGAGACAGCUCGACGUCUAAGCUGUGGUUGACUUCACAGGGCCCGCCUGGUGAACUUCAUCAAGACGUCCGAGGUGAUCCGCCAGCCUUACCCGCUCCAACUGAGGUCCUCUGGGCCGCACGCCUACUUCAUGAAGAGAGAGACCUGGGGAUGGACUGACUUCCUCAUGAAUCCCAUGGUGAGAUGAUCAGAUGCGAAUGAUGCAGAGAAUAACAUUUACUGUGUACUGUACUGUAGGAGGGGCCAUACUGUGUCAUCAGAUGCUAAGUAAAUGUGAAGUUACAGCUUUGUGAUUGAGGAGAGUCAUACUGUGGUGAAAGUGUAGUAUUACUGUAUUGCAAUUGCUUUACUGUCCCAUGCGUACACCCAAAGUUAUCAUACCGGUCCUUCAGCACACAUGCCUCCCUAACAGGUGUCAAUGAACUAGUGUCCUUUUGCAUGGUGUUUGUACUCGUGAGUAAUAAACAAAAAGGCCUAGAGACCCACAGAGGUCAACAAAUAUCGGAGAAAGAAUAGGUGGUGCCUUCUGCUGUUUAUUUACAUUUGUACUUUAUAUAUAUAUACACACACACACACACCCUACCGUUCAAAAGUUUGGGGUCACUUAGAAAUGUCCUUGUUUUUGAAAGAAAAGCAAUUUUUUUGUCCGUUUUAAAAUAACAUAGAAUUGAUCAUAAAUACAGUGUAGACGUUGUUAAUGUUGUAAAUGGCUAUUGUAGCUGGAAAUGGCUGAUUUUUAAAGGAAUAUCUACAUAGGCGUACAGAGGCCAAUUAUCAGCAACCAUCAGUCCUGUGUACCAGUGGCACGUUGUGUUUGCUAAUCCAAGUUUAUUCUUUUAAAAGGCUAAUUGAUCAAUUAUGUUAGCACAGCUCAAAACUGUUGUGCUGAUUUUUAAAGAAGCAAUAAAACUGGCCUUCUUUGGACUAGUUGAGUACCUGGAGCAUCAGCAAUCAGAAACAAAUAACUUUCUUCUGAAACUCGUCAGUCUAUUCUUGUUCUGAGAAAUGAAGGCUAUUCCAUGUGAGAAAUUGCCAAGAAACUGAAGAACUCGUACGACGCUGGGUACUACUCCCUUCACAGAACAGUGCAAACUGGCUCUAACGAGAAUAGAAAGAGGAGUGGGAGGCCCCGGUGCACAACUGAGCAAGAGGACAAAUACAUUAGUGUCUAGUUUGAGAAACAGAUGCCUCACCGGUCCUCAACUGGCAGUUUCAUUAAAUAGUACCCGCAAAACACCAGUCUCAACGUCAACAGUGAAGAGGCGACUCUGGGAUGCUGACCUAGGAAGAGUUGCAAAGAAAAAGCCAUAUCUCAGACUGGCCAAUAAAAAGAAAAAAUUAAGAUGGGCAAAAUAACACAGACACUGGACUUUUUCUUUGCAACUGCCUAGGUCAGCAUCCCGGAGUCACCUCUUCACUGUUGACGUUGAGACCGGUGUUUUGCGGGUACUAUUUAAUGAAGCUGCCAGUUGAGGACCUGUGAGGUGUGAAGGUCAGUCAAUACGGAACAUUUCAAGAACUUUUAGUGCAGUCGCAAAAACCAUCAAGCGUUAUGAUGAAACUGGCUCUCUUGAGGACCGCCACAGGAAUGGAAGACCCAGAUUUACCUCUGCUGCAGAGGAUAAGUUCAUUAGAGUUACCAGACUCAGAAAUUGCAGCCCAAAUAAAUGCUUCACAGAGUUCAAGUAACAGACACAUCUCAACAUCAACUGUUCAGAGGGGACUGUGUGAAUCAGACCUUCAUGGUCGAAUUGCUGCAAAGAAACCACUACUAAAGGACACUAAUAAGAAGAGACCUGCUUGGGCCAAGAAACACGAGCCAUGGACAUUAGACCGGUGGAAAUUUGUCCUUUGUUCUUGAGUCCAAAUUGGAGAUUUUUGGUUCCAACCGCCGUGUCUUUGUGAGACGCGGUGUGGGUGAACGGAUGAUCUCCGCAUGUGUAGUUCCCACCGUAAAGCGUGGGGGUGCUUUGCUGGUGACACUGUCUGUGAUUUAUUUAGAAUUCAAGCACACCUGUCAAUUGAAGUGCAUUCCAGGUGACUACCUCAUGAACGUUUUGAGCGAAUGCCAAGAGUGUGCAAAGCUCUCAUCAAGGCAAAGGGUGGCUACUUUGAAGAAUCUGAAAUCUAAAAUAUAUUUUGAUUUGUUUAUCACUUUUUGUGUGUGUAUAUAUAUAUAUAUAUAUAUAUAUAUAUAUAUUACUUUUUUCAAACUCUGCAUUGUUGGAAAAGGACCCGUAAGUAAGCAUUUCACUGUUAGUCUACACCUGUUGUUUACGAAGCGUGUGACAAAUAUUUGAUUGAUUUAAUACAUCUCUCUGUUUCCCCAGGUCAUGAUGAUGGUUUCCUCUGCUGUUUAAUACAUCUCUCUGUUUCCCCAGGUCAUGAUGAUGGUUUCCUCUGCUGUUUAAUACAUCUCUCUGUUUCCCCAGGUCAUGAUGAUGGUUUCCUCUGCUGUUUUAAUACAUCUCUCUGUUUCCCCAGGUCAUGAUGAUGGUCCUUCCUCUCCUCAUUAUCGUCCUGCUGCCUAAGGUUGUCAACACCAAUGACCCUGAGAUGAGAAAGGUGAACAUAGACGGCUAUACUCUGACACUAUUCUUCUCUGCCUGACACAUCUCUAGUCACCUGUCAUGAGUUGUCUGCCAUCCAGUACAUUCAGUGUUGUUCCAUUUAGAUAAACUUGCUCAUAAUCAAAAUGUAUAUUUCAAAGUAAGGGAACUCACCUCCUCCACCACCAAUGUGAAGCACCUACACAAUCUGUUUGUGCUGUCUUGCUAACUCCCAUUGUCAUGCCAUAGCAGAACCAGAUCUGAGACCAGGCUAGGUCACACCGGUGUGAUACUAACUAAUCGUGUGUGUUUAUUCACUCUACCUUCCCAGGAAAUGGAGCAGUCAAUGAACAUGCUGAACCCCAACCCUGAGCUACCUGACGUGUCUGAGUUCAUGACCAAGCUGUUCUCCGGCUCCAAGGGCUCCAGCAGCAAGGCUGUAGCUGGCAGCAAGGCCAGUGGCCGCCCAGCAGUCAAGAGGAGGUAGUACCAGAAUGUUACAUGCUCCCCGGGUCACCACCCCGGGUCACCACCCCGGGUCAGCACCCCGGGCCUGAGGAACCACUCUAACUGGUCAUGCCAUGGAAAUAAUAAUACAAUUUUUAAAGAGCUUUUUCAUUCAUCAGUUGUACAGUUGUUUUUUGAGAGGGGUCUUUCAUUUUUGUCUGAAAUACAAGUCUGGCUGUCUGAUUGUAAGUGGAAUGACUGAGGAUAUGAGAAGGCUUGAGGGUAAAGCAUUUUUUUUUCACUACGCUGUUCAAACCCUCGAUACGAAAGAAAGAUUUUACUCUUCAUUUGAUGUUUUGCAUUGUACCUGUGAGUGACUUUGUUAUGCCUGCUUGGUCCCUUCAUGUACUCCUUCCCGUUUAACCCUCGUCCCCUUGGAUAGAUGGGAUAAUAACUCUCUAACAACCCUCUGGUGUGCGCUACUGUCCUGCAGCAUCAGUCAGCAAUUCUAAUUCUUCCACUACUUGAAUGAGUGCUUGCAUCAAUAUUCAGAGAUUUUCUUCUUUUUUUUUUUGAGUUGGGGGGGGGGCCUAGUUCAGGGGUGUUCAACUCUGACCCUACGAGGUCCGUAGUCUGCUGGUUUUCUGUUUUUACCUGAUAAUUCAUUGCACCCACCUAGUGUGCCAGGUCUAAAUCAGUUUGUGAUUUUAGAGGGGAAUAAUACAACAUUUUUAAAAAGCAGUGGCUACUGGCUUCGAGGUCCAGAGUUGAAUAUGAGGGGCCUAAAUAAUACAACUGUGAAUGGACUGUAAAAUGGAUAGAAUUUUAAUUAUGAAGAAAAAUACUUAUUUAAAUACCUAAGUGAAAUAAAAUAAUAACGCACCAAUUGGUGAGUCGCUCUGGAUAAGAGCGU